UUCUGUGUUUUGUCCAGGGAGAUGGUCCUCAUUAUACAUGGGUUUCCCUCUGAUAUUGCUGCACUGAGGUUUGAGUGGGCAUGGCAGCACCCUCACCUCUCCAGGAGACUGUCCCACAUUUCACGGCGCUCCAAGAAAGAGUCCAGUCUGCAGUUCCACUGGCGCAUUGUCUCCAACAUGCUGCGGGUGGGACCCUGGAACAGACUGCCACUGACAGCCCGCUGGCUCAAACAGGAUUACAGGAUAGACUUUGAUCCCAGUCUGCAGCCCCCCCUACACAUCCCCAUUGCUUUUGGCAGUGUGAGAGCCAAGAAGAUGCUGCCGCUGCAAUCUUCAGGAGGGGAGGAGGCCACAUGCAGAUGUUUUCUCUGUAAAGAUUUAGUCAAGGUAGAAACCUUUUUAGUUCUG